CUGCAUUGCGUUAGGAAAAUUCAGUCUACGAGACAAUUAUAAAGUGGUGAACUUAAUAAAAUUACAGAGAGAAAGAUUUAUUAUAUCUUGACUGCUGUUUAUAUAAAUAAAUAUUAAAAAUGCAGAUUUUUGUGAAGACAUUGACUGGUAAAACAAUUACAUUGGAAGUUGAACCAUCAGAUACAAUUGAAAAUGUAAAAGCUAAAAUCCAAGAUAAAGAAGGAAUUCCACCAGAUCAACAACGUUUGAUUUUUGCUGGUAAACAAUUAGAAGAUGGGCGUACAUUAUCUGAUUACAACAUCCAAAAGGAAUCAACACUCCAUUUAGUUUUACGUUUACGAGGUGGUAUGCAAAUUUUUGUUAAAACCUUGACUGGUAAAACUAUCACUUUGGAAGUUGAACCAUCAGAUACUAUCGAAAAUGUAAAAGCUAAAAUCCAAGACAAAGAAGGUAUCCCUCCAGAUCAGCAACGUUUGAUCUUCGCUGGUAAACAAUUGGAAGAUGGUCGUACAUUAUCCGAUUAUAACAUUCAAAAAGAAUCUACCUUGCAUUUAGUACUCCGUCUUCGAGGUGGUAUGCAAAUUUUCGUUAAGACAUUAACCGGAAAAACAAUCACCUUAGAAGUUGAACCAUCUGAUACCAUUGAAAAUGUAAAAGCCAAAAUUCAAGACAAAGAAGGUAUUCCACCAGAUCAACAACGUUUGAUUUUCGCUGGUAAACAGUUGGAGGAUGGCCGUACACUCUCCGAUUAUAACAUUCAAAAAGAAUCAACCCUUCAUUUGGUACUUCGUCUUCGUGGUGGUAUGCAAAUUUUCGUCAAAACCUUGACUGGAAAAACAAUUACAUUGGAAGUUGAACCAUCAGACACAAUUGAAAACGUCAAAGCCAAAAUUCAAGAUAAAGAAGGUAUUCCACCAGAUCAACAACGUCUCAUUUUUGCGGGUAAACAAUUAGAAGAUGGCCGAACUCUAUCUGAUUACAACAUUCAAAAGGAAUCUACCUUGCAUUUAGUACUCCGUCUUCGAGGUGGUAUGCAAAUAUUCGUCAAAACUCUAACCGGAAAAACAAUUACACUAGAAGUUGAACCAUCCGAUACCAUCGAAAACGUUAAAGCCAAAAUUCAAGACAAAGAAGGUAUUCCACCAGACCAACAACGUUUGAUCUUCGCCGGUAAACAGUUGGAAGAUGGGCGAACCUUGUCCGAUUACAACAUCCAAAAAGAAUCAACUCUUCAUUUGGUUCUUCGUCUCCGUGGUGGAAUGCAAAUUUUUGUCAAAACCCUAACUGGAAAAACUAUCACAUUGGAAGUUGAACCAUCUGAUACCAUCGAAAAUGUGAAAGCUAAAAUCCAGGACAAAGAAGGUAUUCCACCAGAUCAACAACGUUUGAUCUUUGCCGGUAAACAAUUGGAAGAUGGUCGUACAUUAUCUGAUUACAACAUUCAAAAAGAGUCUACCUUGCAUUUAGUACUCCGUCUUCGGGGUGGUAUGCAAAUUUUCGUUAAGACAUUAACCGGUAAAACUAUAACAUUGGAAGUUGAACCAUCUGAUACCAUUGAAAAUGUCAAAGCUAAGAUUCAAGAUAAAGAAGGUAUUCCUCCAGAUCAACAACGUUUAAUUUUCGCCGGUAAACAAUUAGAAGAUGGCCGAACUCUAUCUGAUUACAACAUUCAAAAAGAAUCAACCUUACAUUUAGUAUUACGUCUUCGAGGUGGUAUGCAAAUAUUCGUCAAAACUUUAACUGGAAAAACAAUUACACUAGAAGUUGAACCAUCCGAUACCAUCGAAAACGUUAAAGCUAAAAUCCAAGACAAAGAAGGUAUUCCACCAGACCAACAACGUUUGAUUUUCGCCGGUAAACAAUUGGAAGACGGCCGUACAUUAUCUGAUUACAACAUCCAAAAAGAAUCCACUCUUCAUUUAGUAUUACGUCUUCGUGGUGGUAUGCAAAUUUUCGUCAAAACUUUAACUGGGAAAACUAUCACCUUGGAAGUCGAACCUUCAGAUACCAUUGAAAAUGUAAAAGCUAAAAUUCAAGAUAAGGAAGGAAUUCCACCAGAUCAACAACGUUUGAUCUUCGCCGGUAAACAAUUGGAAGAUGGCCGUACAUUAUCUGAUUACAAUAUCCAAAAAGAAUCAACUCUUCAUUUAGUAUUACGUCUUCGUGGUGGUAUGCAAAUUUUCGUCAAAACUUUGACCGGAAAAACAAUCACCUUGGAAGUUGAGCCAUCUGACACCAUCGAAAAUGUAAAAGCCAAAAUCCAAGACAAAGAAGGUAUUCCACCAGAUCAACAACGUUUGAUUUUCGCCGGUAAACAAUUAGAAGAUGGCCGAACUCUAUCUGAUUACAACAUUCAAAAAGAAUCAACCUUACAUUUAGUAUUACGUCUUCGUGGUGGUAUGCAAAUUUUCGUCAAAACUUUAACUGGAAAAACUAUCACCUUGGAAGUCGAACCUUCAGAUACCAUUGAAAAUGUAAAAGCUAAAAUUCAAGAUAAAGAAGGAAUUCCACCAGAUCAACAACGUUUGAUCUUCGCCGGCAAACAAUUAGAAGAUGGUCGAACUCUGUCUGAUUACAACAUCCAAAAAGAGUCUACCUUGCAUUUAGUACUCCGUCUUCGAGGUGGUAUGCAAAUUUUUGUCAAAACAUUAACCGGUAAAACAAUCACCUUGGAAGUUGAACCUUCAGACACAAUUGAAAACGUCAAAGCUAAAAUCCAAGACAAAGAAGGUAUUCCACCAGAUCAGCAACGUUUGAUUUUCGCCGGUAAACAAUUAGAAGAUGGCCGAACUCUAUCUGAUUACAACAUUCAAAAAGAAUCAACCUUACAUUUAGUAUUACGUCUCCGAGGUGGUAUGCAAAUUUUCGUUAAAACUUUGACCGGAAAAACAAUCACCUUGGAAGUUGAACCAUCUGAUACCAUUGAAAAUGUAAAAGCCAAAAUUCAAGACAAAGAAGGUAUUCCACCAGAUCAACAACGUUUGAUCUUCGCCGGUAAACAGUUGGAAGAUGGUCGAACACUUUCCGAUUAUAACAUUCAAAAAGAGUCAACUCUUCAUUUAGUUCUGCGUCUACGUGGAGGAAAUUAAAGUUCAUCAAUAUUAUUAUGCAUCUGCUUUUAUAAAUUUUUAGUAAACUGAAUUUUUUAAACGAUUUUAUUUAUUUUUUAUAUAUUUUUAAAACUGAUACUACUAAAUUUUGUUAAGUGAGAUUCGUAAUAAAAUUCUUUUCGACCUUUA